AUGGCGAGCGCCCAAGUCUCCUCAGCUGCCGCUUCACAAAAGAGGUACCAGGUCCGCACCGAACGAGCACACAGGCACCACCAGGAGCGGCAGAAGAAGGAGGCGGCAGCGGUGGACGAGGGAGAGGCUCGCGGGAGCGCGCAACGCUUAUAUAACCACCCACACCCCCCACCCCGCGCCACCGCGGCCUGGGCCGGGCGCCCGCCGGGCCGGCGGGAAGAGGCGCGGACACGCGCACCCGGCCUGUCGCGGGGGCGCGCCUGGCUCUGGGCGGGGCUGUAUUGUCCUGCUUCUGUGGUGGAGCAUAAUCAAAAUGGCUUCCAGCUGGUCCUUGGUGGGGACGAGGAGGUUCAAGGCCUUAGACAAUCUCUCCUCCCAGCUGGCCCUCUCCUCUUGCACCUCCUUGACUGGGUCCGACUCCAUGUAUGCGAGGUGGACAGUUUGUCAGCAGAUGUUCUGGGCAGUGAGAAUCCAAGCAAACAUGAGAGCUUCUGGAACUUGGUGACCAUCUUGGUGCUGCAGGGCCGGCUUGAUGAGGCCCGACAGAUGCUCUCCAAGGAAGCUGACACCAGCCCCACCUCUGCAGGCAUGUGCCGAAUCUUGGGGGACCUGAUGAGGACAAUGCCCAUUCUCAGUCCUGGCAACACUCAGACACUCACAGAGCUGGAGCUGAAGUGGCAGCACUGGCAUGAAGAAUGUGAGCGGCACCUCCAGGAUGGCACAUUUGCCGCCAAUCCUCACCUGGAGUCUCUCUGCAAGAUUAUGCUGGGAGAUGAAGCUGCCUUGUUAGAGCAAAAGGAGCUGUUGAGUAACUGGUAUCAUUUCCUAGUGACUCGGCUUCUGUACUCUCAUCCCACAGUAAAACCCAUUGAUCUGCACUUCUACGCCCAGUCCAGCCUGGACCUAUUUCUGGGUGAUGAGAGCAGCCCAGAACCCCUGGACAACAUCUUGAUGGCAGCCUUUGAGUUUGACAUCCACCAAGUGAUCAAGGAGUGCAGCAUUGCCCUGAGCAAUUGGUGGUUUGUGGCCCAUCUGACAGACCUGCUGUACCACUGCAGGCUCCUCCAAGCCCACAACCUCUAUUUUGGUUCCAACAUGAGAGAAUUCCUCCUGCUGGAAUAUGCCUCAGGACUGUUUGCUCAUCACAGCCUGUGGCAGCUGGGUGUGGAUUAUUUUGAUUACUGCCCUGAGCUGGGCCGAGUUUCCUUGGAGCUGCAUAUUGAGCGGAUUCCUCUGAACACCGAACAGAAAGCCCUCAAGGUGCUGCGGAUUUGUGAGCAGCGGCAGAUGACUGAACAAGUUCGCAGUGUUUGUAAGAUCUUAGCCAUGAAAGCUGUCCGCAACAAUCGCCUGGGUUCUGCCCUCUCUUGGAGCAUCCGUGCUAAAGAUGCUGCCUUUGCCACCCUUGUGUCAGACAGGUUCCUCAGGGACUACUGUGAGCGAGGCUGCUUUUCUGAUUUGGACCUCAUUGACAACUUGGGGCCAGCCAUGAUGCUCAGUGACCGACUCACUUUCCUGGGGAAGUACCGCGAGUUCCACCGAUUAUACGGGGAGAAGCGUUUUGUUGAUGCCGCUUCUCUUCUUCUGUCACUGAUGACUUCUCAGAUUGCCCCUCGCUCUUUCUGGAUGACACUUCUAACGGAUGCCUUGCCCCUUUUGGAACAGAAACAGGUGAUCUUUUCAGCAGAGCAGACGUAUGAACUGAUGCGGUGUCUGGAGGACUUGACAUCAGGAAGGCCAGAGCAUGGAGAACCUGAUGCCCAGCAACUUCAGGAUGAUGACAUAGAGGCCACCAAAGUGGAAAUGCUGAGACUUGCUCUUGCACGAAAUCUUGCUCGGGCAAUUGUAAGAGAAGGCUCACUAGAAGGUUCCUGAGAGUGCUGCUUCAAUGUGGCAUCUCUAUGGUAGUGUAUAUAGAUUUUUAGAAUAAAUGUUCUUUUGCAAAU